AAAAAUAGUCCUUGUUGAUAUAAGGCAACUUCUAAUCAGAUUCGGGAUAUAUCUCCGUACCCACAUAUAUUAAGCAUACUUGAGUUCUCAACUUCUCCAUUGUUUGUUCAGUUUUGUGGUUUCCGAAGAAACGCAGGGCAUGGAUGCGUUUAUGGACCAUUACGAAGUCCUAGGGUUACCUAGCGGUGAAGAAGGAGCGAAACUCUCAGAACAAGAAAUUAAAAAAGCCUAUCGAUCGAGGGCCAAGCAGUUGCAUCCAGACAAGAGGCCUGAUGAUCCCAACGCUCAUCCUAAUUUUCUCGCGCUCCAUGCAUCGUACGAAUUUCUCAUGGAUAAAAAAUCUAGACAAAAAUUUCAUCAAGAUGAAAAGAAGCGGGAGGAAAACAAGAGGAAAUUGCAGCAACAAAAUCCUUAUAAGCGUGAUCGAAACACGGAUGUGGAUGAAAGAGAGCGAGCAGGACGUGCUGCGCGUUAUAAGGCAAGUGCAGCUUGUAAAGAGGAGGAAUUGAUUCGGAGGAGAAACGAGGAAGUGAUUGCAGCAUUGAGACGUGAUGCAGCAGCUAGUAAAGUGCGAGCAGUGGAUGUAGCAGGUUCGGGAUUGAACGGAGAGGGGGAGAAAGAGGCGGCUUCGAGUCAGUGUCCUUGUGGACAUUGUAGGGGGAAUUGGCCGGAUAGGGAAUUUAGUGGUAGCAGUCUCGGUGGUGGUGAUGGUGGAUUCGAGGCACGCCUGAAUUCAUUCUUGACAAAGGUCCGCAGGAAAGACCACUGUGUACCCAGGUACUUGUUGCCACUGCAUGACGUGCACAUUGACAAUACUUAUGCUAAAGAUUUGGAGACAUCUCCCUCACUGAUACAAGAAAGACAUGUAAACUCAGUUUUGGCCAAAAUAGCAUAUGAACAAUGCUUGUGCGGUUGUGUCUACAGGCUACAAGUCUGCUAUUUUAAUUUUAUAGUUAAAUGAUUUUAACUCACUGGCAAAGGUAUGUGUCUUAUCAUAUGUAAUUUCAGAGAAAACAUUAAUCUAAGAUGUGUUUUUGUUUGUUGCA